AUGUUCGUAGCCAUCGCGAGAACGGGGGAGCACCCGGACGAGGUGGGAGGCAGUACGGUGGUAGCCGAGGGUGUAGUAGGCGGCAUAAAGGGCCCAGGCGGCGGGUGCCGCGCAUCCUCGAUGACGAUGGCCGAGAGCGCCGUGGAGGACGCUGCAGCCGCGCCCCCGGGUCCGGCCAAGCCGCCACCGCCCUCCUGCACCAACAACAACACCCUCGCGGCCACGGCCAACCGGAACCAUCGCAAUCUCCGCCGCCGGAAGCGACUCGACCAGGUCCUCGACAUCCUCCAACACCGGAGCUCGCCCUCGGAGGGCGAGGUGUUGAGGUUCGAGGGUAGCGGACCCGCGUCCGAGGAGGAGGAGGACGUGUUCGGCUCCCCGAGGUCGUCUUCCAGAUCGGCCGCCGAUCCGCCGUCCGGCAUCAGUCUUCUGCCCCUCAGGUUGAAGAGCGAGGAGCCCGCCACGCCUACCGGCGUCGAGGAGCAAGAGGACGGGUCGAACGCGAACCAGUCGGCCACCAUCGCCAUCGCCGCAACCACCGCCAUUAUCGCCGCCGCCACCGCCACCACCACCACCACCACCAAUAACAACAACAACAACAACAACAGCAGCAGCAGCAGCAGCAACAACAACAACAACAACGAGGACGAGGACGACGUCGACGACGACGAGAACGGCGACAACAACGGGGAAGAAACUCAGCAACAGCAGCAGCAACAGCAGCAACAGCAACAGAAUCAUCAUUCGCAUCACCACUCGCACCAUCAUCGUCACCGGCACAGGCAUCAUCACAGGAACAACGCCAACCACCUGGCUUACGAUCACCUUCAUCCCCCUCAUCAAAGAUCCUCGGCGCCGAAAUACGCGGGCUGCACCUGCGUCCAGUGUUCCCAAUCCUCCACUCCCCCCAUGGUGCUGCCCUCGCCCACCUCCCCCCCCCUCACCCCCCUCACCCCAUUAACCCCGCUCACCCUGCCCCCGUUAACGCCAGGAUCUCUCUCGUCGUACAGUUUCGAGCACUACAUGCACACCAAGUACCUGCCGGAUAUAUUCAGGGGCCGGAGCCACUCGGACUCGGACUUGGUGCCGGGAUGGGACCAGAAGCCGCCGCUCUCCACCGCCUCGUCCGUGUUCGUCAACCAUCCCUCGUUGAGAAGCGGUUUCUUGGAGAGCGACGCGACCAGCCCCCAGGAAUCCCCGCUCGACCUCUCGAUGAAGAACCUGAUGGCGUCGGCGGCGGCGGCCGCGGCAGCCGCGGCGGCAGCCGCCGCGGCGGCGGCGGCCGCCUCCGGCCGACCGCCCGCCCUCCAGCUACUCCCGCCCGGCAUCGUGUCGAGGGGCUCGGUGAGCGUGCCCGUGGUGAAGGGCGACGUGGCGUCGCCCACUACCAAGGAGAGCGUCGCUGUGAGAUACAACCUCGAGGUGUCCCCCGUGGUCGAGGAGAUGCCGCCCGGGGCGGACGUGGCGUACGUCUGCCCCGUGUGCGGCCAAAUGUUCAGCCUGCACGAUCGGUUGGCGAAGCACAUGGCCUCGAGGCAUCGCAGGCAAGGGCCGCAGGACGCGUCCGCCAAGGCCUACCUCUGCGACGUGUGCAAGAGGAGUUUCGCGAGGUCGGACAUGCUCACCAGACACAUGAGGCUGCACACGGGCGUGAAACCGUACACGUGCAAGGUUUGCGGCCAGGUAUUCAGCAGGUCGGACCAUCUGAGCACCCAUCAGAGGACGCACACGGGCGAGAAGCCGUACAAGUGUCCCCAGUGCGCGUACGCGGCCUGCCGCCGGGACAUGAUCACCAGGCACUUGAGGACCCACGCCAGAUUUCCCGACGUUCAGACGCCUAAGAGCGAGCCAGGCCUCCUCCCCGGCGAGGAUAGCCCAACGUUCGCCCGGGAGAUGGCCUCCCCUUCGGCAACGAUCAAGGCCGAAUGACGACGGCCAGGUGGAUGACCGCCGCGCUUCUCGCCGCUGCUCGUUCCCACCGGAUUUCGAGGAGCAGCACCAGGAAGAGGAGGAGGAGGAGGAGGAGGGCGAUCGGCUUCGACGAACGGUUUCGGGAUCUGGGAGGUGGAGGAGGUUGGAAGAUUCCGAUGACGACCACGAAGACGAGGGCGAAAACGCGAGGAGGACGAUGGAUGGAAGGGAAGAUCGUUGGCGAGGAAAUUUGGUAUUUUUUUUUUUUUUUUCCUUUUUUUCGGUUUAAAAUACGUUCAACGCCUCGUCGUCCUUCGCGUCGUCCAGCUUGAAAAACUUCGAUUUCGAUGUCGAGUAUAACGCUCGUUUAACAGUAUUACAGCGAUGAUACUUGUUCGUCUUCCCCCCCCCCCCCCCGUUGCUUCUCUCGCGGGACUCUUGUUUGCGAGAUUCGUUCGUCGAAGAUGCGAUUUCGUUCGGCGAAACGUUUCCCUUUCGCGUCUCAAUGAAGUUGAGAGUGAUAUAUGAUUCCACGGACUAAUUGUUUCCCCCCUCCCUCCCUUUUAAGUCCCAUAAAUAAUAUCGUUUUAAGAGUUCUUUUUUCGUGAAAAAAAAAAAACAAAAACAAAAACAAAAACAAAAAAACGUCGCGAUAACUUCGAAAGUUUUGCACGUAAUGAAACGUUUUUCGAGAGGCGGAUCGGAUUUUGUUAAGGGGAAAAAAAAGAAAAGAAAAAAAAAAAAAAAACAAUAGAUACAUCAUCGAUCGGCAAAAAGUAAUUUUACGAAUUUCUGAAAACGAAAUUACUUAUGGAACACAUCUCGACAUAUCUCUUCUCUCGAUAAUCUCUCGUUUCACGCGAGUCUUAUCGAUUGUUGGAAUCUCUUUCGAGUCACCCGUUCUCCGUUAAACGUUCGAUACACCAUUCACUCUCCCUCAAUCGAUACUCUCGCAAAUGAAACGGGAAUAAUUUGAAAGCAUUCCCGCCGCUGUUUGCGCGUUUCUUCAAGAUUCACGAUGAUUGCGAUGAUUGCGACAUGGUUGUUUAAAAUUAGCGUGAAUCGGAAUUUUCUCUCGUUGAAAAGUGCGAUCGAGACAGGAAAGAGAGAGAGAGAGAGAGAGAGAGAGA